CAUUUAUUGAUUUCGUUUCGUCGUCUCCAGUUUGUCAAACGAAGAAAGGACAGAGCGAUUGGUGGAUCCCUAGCUAAUUUUGAAAACUUCCUCUGGUGUUUGAUUCGCGGAAGAAGGGAGUUUGAGCAGCUUCAACAGUUGAAUUUCGAUUGAGAAGAGGUGUUUGGGAGGUGGUACUAUGGGAUAUCUGAAUUCAGUGUUGACAUCUUCGAGCCAGGUUCACGCCGACGAUGGACCUGUUAGCGGCGGCGGCCUCAGUCAGAACGGGAAGUUCAGCUAUGGAUACGCAAGCUCUCCUGGUAAAAGAUCUUCCAUGGAGGACUUCUAUGAGACUCGAAUCGAUGGCGUUCAUGGGGAGAUCGUUGGUCUUUUUGGUGUCUUUGAUGGACAUGGAGGUGCACGUGCUGCUGAGUAUGUGAAGCAAAAUCUAUUCAGUAAUCUGAUCAGGCAUCCAAAGUUCAUCUCUGACACUACUGCAGCAAUAGCUGAUGCAUACAACCAAACGGACUCGGAGUUUCUUAAAUCAGAAAAUAGUCAGAACAGAGAUGCUGGUUCUACGGCCUCAACAGCCAUCUUAGUUGGUGACCGUUUACUUGUUGCAAAUGUAGGGGACUCUAGAGCCGUCAUAUGCAGAGGUGGCAAUGCUAUUGCUGUAUCCCGAGAUCACAAGCCUGAUCAAAGUGAUGAGCGCCAACGAAUUGAAGACGCGGGAGGAUUUGUCAUGUGGGCUGGAACAUGGAGAGUUGGAGGAGUUCUUGCUGUUUCUCGUGCAUUUGGCGAUAGAUUAUUGAAGCAGUAUGUCGUUGCUGAUCCGGAGAUACAGGAGGAAAAAGUUGAUAGCUCUCUGGAGUUUCUCAUUCUUGCGAGUGAUGGUCUCUGGGAUGUUGUAUCUAACGAGGAAGCCGUGGGCAUGGUCAAGUUGAUAGAAGAUCCCGAGGAAGGUGCAAAGAGACUGAUGACCGAAGCUUACCAAAGAGGAAGUGCAGACAACAUAACUUGUGUCGUUGUACGUUUCUUCUCAGACCAGACAGGAGCAGUAGGUACCAGCAGCAACAGUAUCCCAAUCGAUCACGGUAUUAUACCAGACAGAAGCUCCAGUGACCCAUCAACCUAGUUCUAACAUUGGUGACGUACCUUUGGGUUUCUCAGUUUCAAAAUUUACUCAAAAGAAACAACUGGAUCUGGAAGGUUAUAUAUUGUUUUAAAAAGAUCGAGAAUAUAUAUAGACAAAACUCUUUUGCACGAACGUUGUUUUUCUUGUCUCGUGUCACUUUUGUUGUUGUUAUACAUUGGUUACUUGGCUAUGUAAAGAAACAUAUCUGUGGAUUUGAGUUUCAUCUCCAAAAUGGAUUUGCAACAUUGGUAUAA